AUGACUCUCAUACGAUCCGCCGUCUGCAGGGCUUGCAGGCGAUCGCAGUUUCAACUACGACGAGGCUUUGCGACGGCCAGCAGCCAACAAGCUACACCAAACAACAGAGUCAAGCUGGUCGAGGUUGGACCUCGUGAUGGCCUACAAAACGAGAAGAAGGCAAUUCCACUCGCAACCAAGAUUGAGCUCAUUGAGAGAUUAGCUAGGACUGGCGUCUCUACCAUUGAGGCUGGAUCUUUCGUUUCACCGAAAUGGGUUCCUCAGAUGGCCAACUCGAGCGAAAUUCUUGAACACCUUCUUCAAAAGAAAGUUCAAGCGCCUGUUCCUAUGACAUAUUCCUUCUUAGCACCCAAUACCAAGGGCCUCCAGAACUGUGCCGACAUUCUCAAAGCCAAUCCCGAGACCUUCUCCACGCAACUCGACCCCCGAGCGGAUGGCAAGGGUGAGCCAAAGCCCGCGUUGGAAGUUGCCGUAUUCGCAGCCGCCACAGAGAGCUUCUCGCAAAAGAACCUCAACUGCGAUAUCCAGACGUCAUUGGAGCGAUUCAAGGCUGUGAUUCAAGAUUCCAAGGCCCUAGGUCUACGAGUUCGUGCGUAUGUAUCUGUAGUUCUUGGAUGUCCCUUUGAGGGAUUUGACGUCGACCCUCACAAGGUCGCCGAAAUUGCUACGGACCUUUUAGAGUCUGGAGCCGAUGAGAUCUCCUUGGGCGAUACUACGGGCAUGGGCACCGCUCCCCGCACGAGCGCACUGCUGAGAUGCAUGUCUGCGGCGGGUAUUCGCACCGAGGAUAUUGCCAUGCACUUCCAUGAUACGUAUGGUCAGGCACUGGUGAAUACUGCAGUCUCGUUGGAGCAUGGGAUAAGAACUUUUGACAGUAGUGUUGGUGGGCUUGGUGGAUGUCCUUAUAGCCCUGGAGCUACUGGCAAUGUUGCUACGGAGAAUAUGGUGUACUUUAUGGAGACCUUGGGGAUGGACACUGGUAUUGAUCUGGAUGCCAUGUCUGAUAUUGGAUCCUGGAUUACGGCGGAGUUGGGCAAGGCGAAUGAUAGUACUGUUGGGAAGGCUGUGCUGGGAGCGAGGGCUAGAGCUACAGCGGAGGCUGUCAAGGCUUAA